AUGUAUGGACAGAUGUUUACUCGGCUGUACACUACUUACUCCGUACUCAAGCAUAAACAUCCACUCAGCACAAUCCCAUUUAUCCAAACCCAUACCCCUGGUACCUCAAGCCUGAUCAACGACUUCUCCUGCAAAAGUGACUCCCACCCGAACCCCGUUAUCCUCCUGCAUGGUCUUGGUGCGACGGGCUACGAAGACAUCAACGUGCUGCAAUACUGGCUACAAGCGAAAGACUACUGUACCUUCGCGCGGACCUACGGCGCCUACGAUGGCUUCCCGUUCCUGGGCGGCUUGAAACCGAUCGCCGAGUCCGCGAGCGAAAUCGCAAAAUACAUCCAAGAAGUCGCGGAGAAGACCGGCGCUGAGAAGGUGGAUGUUGUGGGUCAUUCGGAGGGCGCGCUGCAGACGCUUUACGUGCCGAAGUUUCACUCCGAGGUUGUUCCGUUGAUUGAUAAGUUGGUUGCGAUUGCGCCACCGACUAGGGGGACGGAUUUCGCGGGGUUGUAUAAGUUGGCGAUUGAUUUGGGGAAUAAUACCAAGAGUGUGGUGGAUAAGGCGUUGGAUACGGUUGGGUGUCAGGCUUGUUCGGAGUUGGUUACGGGUGGGGAGGCGAUUAAGAAGUUGAAUGAUGGGGGGCCGAUUGCGCAGGAGGGAAAUUCGUUGACGGUGAUUGCGUCGAAGCAUGAUGAGUUGGUUACGCCGGUGGAGACGUCGUUUGUGCAUGAGGAGGGAGUGAGCAAUGUGUGGGUGCAGGAUAAGUGUCGGUUUGAUAUUGUUGGGCAUAUUGGGGAGGCGUAUGAUCCAAAUGUGUGGAAUUUGGUGAAGAAUGCGUUGGAUGAUACGCCGGAGAGGGAUUUCAUCUGUGUUAUUGGGUCGCCGUUGAAGUAG